UCGUCGACCACAUCAGGAUCACAAAAUCAUCAGCGAGGUGCAAAAAACACGUCAAUCUGGACCUUCCACUUGGUUGUUGGGAAGGAUAAAAAAAGACAAUCUCCGCAAACGAGCUCAAUCGUCAAUCUCGUGUCACACUCGCAUUGGCACUGACGCUCCCGAGUUGACUUGACAAGCCCAAAAUCGACACCCAAUUUUGUCAACGCUCUUUUUGCCGCACAAACUUGGUCGUACGCCCGACUGACAAGGCCGUGAGACCGGCUCUGCUAUCUUGUAUUACUACAUGCAGUAACUCUAGUUGCAUGAGCAAAAAAGGUCCGCUCGGUCCACCUUCGUCGGCUGCAAGUAAAAGCUCAGUCCACCGACGCGCCUCGACCCCACCACUGGUCCCACAUAAUACCACUCUAAUCAGAUUCAGUUGCUUGAGCUCCACCACUCCUACGGGUCGUCUCUUACCUGCUCCCAUUAAACUUGCAUGGUUUGGUGCUGCUCACUCGGCAGUGCGGUCAUCACCCACGUCACCAGGACUCCGCCAGGGCCAUCCUGGAAUUGAAUGAAUUGCUUUGCUCACUUGUAAGCUAAGGUACAAACAUUUACCUUCCCUGGGGCCGGCAAGCUUCCAGCAUCUUGAUCUUUUGUUAGAUCUUCUGUUUGGUCAUUCCCGCAAUUCCUAAUAUCGUCUCUCUUUUUGUUCGUGACUUUUUCUUUUUUUUUUUUUUUUUGUUUCCUUGUUUGGGAAUCCCGCCUCCACCAAUUUAUAAAGGUACCUAGGUAGGUACCUAAUUGGUGUGCAGGUAGUUUCGUCACAAGCAGCGCUUUGCUGUUUGGUGACGAAGUAGGGCGUUUGCAGGAAAUCCAAAAAAAAAAAAAGAAAAAGGCCUAAAGGACGCCCAACACCAAGGCUACGGUUUAGGGCUUGCUGACUGACGACGCCCUUUGCGCCACCGUCCUGACCCUUUACAACUCACAUACGAGCGACCGAACGAGCGAACGAACGAGUGAACGAACGAAGUACCAACUUCUGCGCAUGCCGUAAACACGGCUGAGAGCAGCAGCUCGCAGUGCUCUCACACUGCCAGAGAACAUCAUGCAACGGGUAUCCUCCUUGCUACCGACCUGGGAACGCACCAGGUCGGUUGACGGCAGGAAUAGGAGUAGCAGCAGUACUGGCGCUUCAUCUCCCAAAAAUAGCCAAAGCAGUAACUCGGGCGCCUUCGGAAGGGUCUUUGGCUGGGCUGAUAGAAUCACACCGUCUCGCAUCUCGGGUAGCACCGCUACACACUCAACUACACCACCGACGGCCGCGGCGGCAGCAACAACACAAGCUGUCGUGUCCAAGUAUGGAAAGGAGACUUAUUGGCCGAGUAGCCUCGAGAGGGAGUGCGAGAAGGCCGCCCUUAUAUUGAAGUCUUUCUGCACCGACGGAUUUCUUUCAUACGAGUCCGAUGCUGGCGCAGAACUGCCCAACCCGCCGCCAUUAACAAUCUCAAAAACGUCGAGUUCCUCAAGUCAAGUCCAGAUAAUGAAGAAAGUCCCACCAAGAAUCAUACAAAAAGCUGCUGGCCUGGCCAUUUUCUCAUGUAUGCGUUCGGGUCUAUGGAUGUCAGGGUCUGGAGGAUCCGGAAUCUUGAUUGCACGCAAGGCCGACGGAACCUGGUCACCUCCUUCGGGCAUCCUUCUCCACACGGCAGCUUUGGGCUUCGUCGUUGGCGUCGAUAUCUACGACUGCGUUCUGGUCAUCAACAGCUUCGCCGCCCUGGAGAUGUUCACCCGCUCCAAGGUCAUGCUGGGGGCCGAUCUGGGCCUUACCGUAGGCCCCGUCGUCCCAGUUGGCCUAUUGGAGAACGAUGCCAGAUGGAAGGAGCUCGACAAUAGUGUAUUAACCUAUUUGAAGGCUAGAGGCCAGCACCGUGCGGUGCAGCUCGACGGCUCCCUGGUGACCGAGCGAGGCAACGAGAACGAGAAGUUCUAUGGUGCCGGCGUCGAGAUCCCAGAUAUCCUGGCAGGAAACGUCAGGAGAGAGAUCCCCGAGAUCUCACCUCUCUUCGAGGCCAUCAAGGCUGCCGAAGGCCGUACCGACUACGACGUACGCAUCAUGCAGGCUUUGUCCCAGCAGCCAGCUCCUGGUGAUGCCACAAUUGAAACACCGGCAGGCACACCAAUAUCCCCUAUAAAGCCAAAUUUCGGUCUCCCUGACGUCGAUGACCCGGAUCCUUUCGGUAUAAUCGCCUUGGAAAUGGCCGGACUUGAGAUUCGAGAGGCUGGGGCCAACAACCGCCCAGCUAGCACAAACCUGGACUACUGCCCCAGUCCGGCUAGCCCGAUCUCCAACAAUUCCCAACGCCAGAGUACGGAUACCUUUGUGAGCCGCAGCAACAGGGGAAGCUACAUGUCGAGCAGGACUCAGGCUACGUCAAUGACGGAUGCCUUCACACAGACGGAUCUAGGAGAGUCAGCCAGGACAUCGCCUAGCCCCAGCAAUAUCGAUUCGAAGAAACACACCUCUCCAAAGCCACCCUCGGUGGCCGAGGAGCCAGAGGAGAUAGACUACACCAAGAUCGACAUGAGCCCUUUGGAAAGCUUUAGUUUCCGCUACGGUCAGCUCGCUGAGCAGUCUGCACCGACAACAGUCGAUCAGGCUGUGCAGCUGCCGAAGACCAAAAACUCUAUUGGUCCAGUAGAGGACGCCGCAUCAAUUAUGCUUCCCGAGGACGAGGAAGAGCGGGACGGCGACGCGGAUGACGAAGACGACGAGUCAGAUGAUGAUGAACCCAUCAUCUAUGAAGUGGCCACAACUGCCCAGCCGACUCGCGCCGUGAUAAUGGCGAGGCAGGCCGCCCAGGUUGUCUCGGCCAAGGGGGCUUUGGUCACCAUUCCCAAGCGCCAUGUACCUAGCUUGCCGGCGAGGAACCCCGCGCGAUCAUCACAUGCCAGCCAGAACGACAUUGAUGUCAACGUAGCUUACCCUCAGAGCCCAGCCCGAUCUUCAUUUGAUAGUACAGAGGCCAACCAAACACCAAAAUCAACAUUGAACCUCAGUACUCCUCCCAGGUCUUACAAACGAAACUCGUCCUCGGUGUACUUCCACACCCAGGUCGACCCAGCCACACCCAAAGCGUCUUGCAUGAACGACGCCAGCUCAGUUGACGAAGAGUUCUUGGGAGAGCCUCGCACGCCUCGGGCAGAUGAACAUGUCGAUCAAACAACAGACGGCUUUGGUCGCCACCACGAACUGAAGCUCACCCCUAAUCUCAACACUGCCACCAUUCAAGUAUUAUAGGUGCAGUGGAUGUCAACACCAUCGAAUAAUCAGCACACGAAUCACGGACCACAGCACCAAAAAGCUCAACUGCAACGACUGAAUAUGAUCUUUCUUUUCUGCUGUCUCUCCAUACACUUAUGUCAUGUAGGCGGUUAAAGGCGCCCCUUUCGCAUAUGAUUAGUCAACGCAAAGGGGAAUGGCUUGUUCCUUCUUUUUAUUCUUUUCCUUUUUCUUUUUCUUUCCUUGGUCACGCUUUCUCUUUUCCAGGCGUUCUUGGGCACUAUUGAUACCAAUAUUUGCGUCUGUUCCCCGACUGAUCGCAUGUCACACCUCGCGGUUUAUUUUUAGCUUCCUUUAACCGUAUUUCUUUUCCUUUUGGGCUUUGGGUACUGUGAAAAAAAAACUGGGAGGGGUUUCGAUUCAUUUUGGAAUACCGAGGAACCGGUACCUCGAGUGGCUUUGGACGAAAUACAUUUUUACCAUGCUCCCACCACGAACCGUUGGGACAUAGUUGAUACUGCAGCGUUAUUUUUAGUGUUUAGAAAGGUGCCUGCCUGUUCGGUCGAAUGGGCAUGGUUUGGGUCUGGGGACGAGGCGAGACUCCGGCGAAAGGCCGGGCCAAGGUUUUCUUGGAAUGCCCGACGAAACCAAACAGGCACAUAGGAUGAAGUUCCGUGCUCAUGUGUGCAGAUGAAUAGACAUACAUGGUUCUUGAUGAUUACAGCAGCA